AUGUUCCAAACCUUCACCGGCUCUUCGCGCCGACCGCGUCAGGUCAACCUCUCCGGCCGUGUAUCCAACCCCUUCGCCCAACUAGGCGCUGGCCAAGGCUCGCAAUCCGCCGUCCAAAGCGCCCAGCAGGAGCGAGCCCAGCGCCAGCGCGAGCGUGACCGCCUCCACGCCGCCAGGGUCAUCCAGAAGGUGUGGCGCGGCCAUGCCUGCCGCCGAGACCUGUACGACCAGAUAAGGCGCGAUUGGGAUGUCCUGGAAAGCCAGUCCCAUGCCGAUGCACCCUACCCCACCGAGGCCGAUGCCUUCCUCCAGAUCCAACGCCUUCUCCUCUUCAUGAAUCUGCGCAACGAGGAUGAUCACAGAAGACUCACCCGCUACUGCAACCGCGCCAUGAAGUCGGAGUUCACAGGGGGGCCUUGGCCCAUGGCUUAUUUGCGCUUGGAACAGGCAGUGCUGGGCACUUUGAACCGCCAGGUGAAGGCUAUAUCUGAGAGGGCAAAGCAACCGGACGGGUCCGGAAAGUACGAAAGGAGCCCCGCGUUAUCCGUGCUCCAAGCUCCAGCUGUUCUGCCAUCGCUUGAAGCGCUGUGUUUUUUGAACGAGUUGAUACCCAAAGAGGCCGCAAUGCUCUCCGACCUCUAUUACCAAUCCAUGUUUAGCGUCACCACAGCAGCGUUUGUGGUCGACUCCACACCAGCGGAAGCUUCCGACCUGCAAGUACAAAAGCAAGCCUUGUUCCGAGCAGUCCUCGUCCCUCUCACAAAAAUCCACGCCAAUACCGAAUACGCAUACGAAGCCUUUGCUGGCCACUAUCUCCACACCGAGGCGUUGAGUGCUGGCGAUGCCUACGCCUGCGCCGGAACAACUGGGCAGAACUGGUUGGAUCAGCUGGCAGCGAGCCUGAAUGUGAAACUUCUUGCUCAUUCUGCUGCCGAACUUGUGCGGACCUCACGGAUCGAUAAAUAUCAGUUGAGCACCGAGAGCCGUUUGCGCCUGUUGGGCUGCUUCGUCUAUUGUCACAGGCACGCCCACAACUUCGGCAACGCCCAUAUGUUCUCUUCCCAAAAAGACUUCGUCUCCGUAGUCUCGAACCUCCUGUCUUCUGUUGCCGACGAUGUCACGCUCGAUAUUGCCAGCAUCGGAGACGGUGACGAGGAUAGUAGCUGGAAGAAACAACCCUACAAACGCACAACUCUGGCGCCAUUCUUGCAAGAGCAAAUAACAUCGUUGGUCGAUGAGAGUAGCAUUCGUGGCCUUCUGGCGGACAGGACCAGCGAUUCGUUGGACGACGAGGCGAGAGAGCUGGCCAGUUACGCGCUGACUCUCAUCCGCUUCUUUCCUCGCAGGGGUGAUGAAAUCCGCAUGUGGCUUUACCUUGGUUCCAGCGAUGUCCGAAGCACCCCGGCCAUCAAGUACUUCUGGCAGGCUGUUCGCGCUACUGGUGUGGUGCAGAAGAUCUCCCGAGACUCAAGAGCUGCGAUCGAUUUGCUGAGAGACAAGAAGAGCGCCCCUGCAACCAAUCCCUGGCAAGCGCCGUCAAUACUUGACGAUAUAAACUCAAAAAUCACCAAGGAGUGGCAGGUUAUUCUGAUUUUCUUAGAGCUUUACAUAUUCGUUCUGAAAGUUAUGGAUGAUGAGGAGUUCUUCUCAGGAGGUAACGUCAUGGAUAUUGACAGUGGAUCAAGAUCAUCGAGGACUCGGGAAAAUGCUCUUCCUUUGACUGAUGUACGGGACCUCACCGUUUUCCUCAAAAAUCUCGGCUUCACCAUGUACUUCAACGCGUCAGAGAUUCUUGGAGACGACCAACGGGAUACAUCAUCUACCGGAGGAAUUCGGGAUUUCUUCCGGCUCUCGUCAGCCCAAGAUGAGGGGGCAGAAAGCACCGAGCAGGAGCGCAAGCCUGAACAGCAUUCGAUAGGUGGUAUAACGGGAAUGAGCCUCGAUUAUGUCAAGGGACUGGUCACCGGACUGCUACGGAUGGUGUACGAAAGGGACUCGCGCCGCAAGUUCCUACCUAAGGAUCACUGGCUGAUGACGUCUCGGUUCGACAUGGGCGGUUUCAUUUCUGCCGUGGUUGAAGAGGAGGAGAAUCGCAACAGACUUCAAGAAGAAGACGAUGAAGAUGCAGGCCAAGAGAUGGAUCAGGACAUUGACGGCCUCGACAUGAGCAGCGAACGUCAUCUGAUCGGUACCCGAAGAACCCAGCAGGCUCGACACCUCGACAGGUUGCAGAUGCAGCAGAGAAGAGCGAGUCGAAAGAGGUACCUGCAACUUGUCGCACCGCGGUUGGAGAUACUGCAGAACAUGCCAUUCUUCAUUCCGUUCACCACCCGGGUCCAGAUUUUUAGGGAAUUCGUGCGCCUGGACCAGAUCAAAAGAAGGCAUGGCCGGAUUGAUCCAGACCAGUGGCGCAUGGCUAUGAUUCACGAACUUCACUCACGCGAUCAUAUCGACAGGCAUCACGCCAAGAUCAGACGUCAGCACGAGUUCGACGAUGCGUUUGAGCAGUUCUAUGGACUUGGCGAACAAUUAAAGGAGCCCAUUCAAAUCACCUUUGUGGAUCAGUUCGAUACGGUUGAAGCGGGUAUCGAUGGGGGUGGCGUCACGAAAGAGUUUUUGACCAGUGUCACGAGCCAGGCAUUCUCACCGUCGCCAGACGGCAUUCAUCUGUUUGUGGAGAACGAGUCGCAUCUACUAUACCCCAACCCGUCGGCGAUGGAGCAUCAGAAAGAGAUCUUGCGUGAGGUAGGAGCAAGGGAGGGCUCCAGUAUCUGGCUCGAAAAAGUACGAAACCUCCUCGAUCGAUACGAGUUCCUCGGGCGCAUCGUUGGUAAAUGUCUUUACGAGGGAAUCCUCGUGGACAUAAACUUUGCCCCGUUCUUCCUUCUCAAAUGGGCUCUGACCGGUGGUUCGAGCUCUGCCACCAAAGAGUCAGGUUACCGCGCGAAUCUGAACGACCUUCGUGACCUUGACGAGGAUCUUUACCAGGGUCUUUUGAAGUUGAAAAACUACCCUGGCAACGUCGAAGAAGACCUAUCUCUGUACUUCACCAUCACUGACGUGGUCCGCAUCGACCCCUUGACGGGGAAACAAGUGACGGUCACCAAAGAGCUCAUGAAAGACGGUGCCAACAUCCCCGUCACGGACAGAAACCGGCUCGUGUACAUCUCUCUCGUUGCGCGUCAUCGUCUGCAGGUUCAGCCGGCCCUGCAGACAGGAGCAUUCCUCCGUGGCCUAUCGGCCAUGAUAUCCCCGUCUUGGCUCAGCAUGUUCAACCAGUCGGAGCUCCAGACGCUCAUCGGCGGGACUUCCAGCAGCAUUGACGUGGCAGACCUGCGACGCAACACGCAGUACGGCGGCCUCUACGUCAUCGGCGACGAUGGGCUGGAGCACCCGAGCGUCCAGCUCUUCUGGCGCGUCAUGGAGGGCCUAUCCGAUGACGACAGGCGGGCGGUGCUCAAGUUCGUGACGAGCACGCCGCGGGCGCCGUUGCUCGGCUUUGGAAGCUUGAACCCCCGGUUCAGCAUCAGGGAUGCCGGCCACGACAUGACCAGGCUGCCGAGCACGAGCACUUGCGUGAACCUGUUGAAGCUUCCAUUGUACAAGGACGAAAGGACGUUGAGGGAGAAACUGCUCUACGCGGUCAACUCUGGAGCCGGGUUCGAUUUGUCGUAA